AUGGAUAGAAAGUCUGCUAGAAUAAAAGCAGAGUUAGAAAGAUAUGGUUGGAGAGUUUCAAAGAAGUUUAAAUAUAGGAAGGGAAGACCCAUAAAAGUCUAUGACAAACUGUCGGGUCUUCGCUAUGAAAUGGACCUAGAAACAGCACGCGCAAAUUAUCCAAACAGAUUAGAGAGGUUAGAAGAAGAGCGUCUUAUGGACAUGCCUUUCGAUGUUAAUGAACCUCAAGUUGAAGGACACGACGGCUUUGCCAGGUUCUACUGGAAACAUGACGAACAAUUGCAUCCUUUGAGAAGGAAAAAAGGAAAAGGUGAAGACGCACAUGCUCCCAUGGAAAGAACAAGAUAUGCAUAUGAGAAGUAUCGCGAAGUUAGAAGUAAAAUUACUUCUGGUCGAACCUUUACAGUAAACUUUGACGAAGGAAAGAACAAAGAAGGCUUCAUGGGAGUACUUGCUGCCAUACAAGACGGAAAUAAGAAAGGAUACAAUCUCAGAUU